CACAUCUUCGACAUCUGCCAGCAUCAUUCCAAAAAUACUCGUGACUUUGAUAGACGUAGAACAACCGUAAUGUCGUUCUUUAGCUCCUCCACUGGCUCCAUGAGCGGUCUGUCUCCCACAGAAUUUUCGCCCAGCAGAGCGUCACAGCAAGCUGUCGUGGACAAUGCCAGGAUCUUCGACAAAAGCUGGGAAACAAUACAAAAGAAGACCUUCACGAACUGGAUCAACAAUCAGCUCAAGCAGAAGGAGAUUCCCCCAAUUGGGACGAUAGACACGGAUCUUAGCUCUGGCGAAAAGCUGAUUCAACUGCUUGAAAUCAUCGGCGACGAGUCCCUGGGUCGCUACAAUAAAAACCCGAAGCUUCGCAUUCAGAAGGUGGAAAACAUGAACAAAGCUUUGGAGUUCAUUCGCAGACGCGGAGUGAACCUCACCAACAUCGGCGCCGAGGAUAUUGUGGAUUCCAACGUCAAACUGAACUUAGGGCUGAUAUGGAUGAUCAUUUUGCGGUUCACCAUUGCCGAAAUCAGCGAAGAGGGUCUUUCAGCGAAGGAGGGGCUUUUGCUGUGGUGUCAGCGCCGUACAGCACCGUAUUCCGCAGAUUUCCACAUCAAGGACUUCACGUUCAGCUGGCAGGAUGGGCUUGCUUUGUGUGCCUUGAUCCACCGCCACCGUCCUGACCUGCUGGAUUAUCACUCUCUGGAUAAGAGCAAAAAGCAUGAGAAUACGCAGUUAGCGUUCGACGUUGCCGAGAGCCAACUCGGAAUAGCCAAGCUAUUCGGGGUGGAGGAUAUCAUUGAUGUUGCGAAGCCAGAUGAGCGAUCAGUGAUGACCUACGUUGCUCAAUACUUCCACGCAUUCUCGGCCCAAGAUAAAUUGGGCGUAGCGGGGCGUCGUGUGGGGCGCCUGGGACAACAGUUGCAGCAAGCUUGGGAGAUGCAGAAUGACUAUGAGCAGAGGGUUCACGCUCUCAUGGAAGGCAUGAGAAGCAUACAGGACACAUGGAGCCGCUCCAGUUUCGCCGGGUAUGGCGAUGCAAGGAAGCAGCUGCAAGAUUUUGAGCAGUACAAGAACACCAGCAAACGUGGUUGGGUGACGGAAAGGCGUGAAUUGGACAGUCUUCUGGGAAACAUUCAAACAAAGCUGAAGACGUACAAUCUCCGACCAUACCACCCUCCGCAAGGCCUCACACUGCAGGACUUGGCUUCCGCAUGGGAGGCGUUGGUUGCAGUCGAGGGCCAGAGGAAAAUCUCCAUAAGUCAUUACAUCCGAGACAUGAAGGAGUCGUUGAAGAAAAAGUUCGCCGAUGCUGCGAAUGACUUCCAAAGGAAGCUGAACGAUAUCUCCAGCGCUUUGGCAGAUCUCGAAGGAGACUUGCAGAACCAACUCGACAUUGUUCAAGAUCUUGUUCUACGUCUGGAGCCUCUCAACGGUGAUCUGCAGAACAUUGCCAAGCUCAACAACGAUUGUCUUGAGGCCAACAUCGAAGACAACGAGUACACGAUCUACUCAGUAGACGACUUGUCUUUCGACUUCGGUCUUUUGACCCAGACGGUGGUCAAGAAGUCAUCUUUCAUCGAAAACCAAAUGGUUGCACGCACGCACACCAACAUCACCGCCGAACAGCUCGAUGAGUUCACAGAGUCAUUCCGUCUCUGUGACAAGGACGGUUCGAAUUCGUUGAACAGGGAGGAGUUCAAGUCUGCUCUUCACGCUGAGGGUACUGACUUUGAUGACGCCUCUUUAGAACGUCUGUACACCAACGCUUUGAAGGGCGCUGAGGAAGUAUCGUUCGAUGGAUUCAUCGAGUUCAUGAAGGGACAACGGGAAGACCGCGUUACACCCGAGCAGCUCAAGAUCUCAUUCCAGACUCUUGCUGGGGACAAGUCGUACGUCACAGAAACCGACCUGUUCCGCGGUGGGUUGGCCCCAGCUCUCGUCGAGCAUCUCAAGCAAGUCAUGCCUGUAAAGGAAGAUGGCUACGACUUCACCAGCUUCAUCAACGGGGCUUUCGUCUGAGUAUAGAGCUUUUGAACACGGAUAUCCGCUCCUUUGCAUACUUCUUUUCCAAUUGAAUCCCAGUCACCAGAAGAGUGAACAUCUCAUGAUUUCCCCUGUACCUGUAACAUCCAUACGCACAGUUUUCUUUCAAACACUGUGAUUUUUUCGGAAAUGUUUGAGUUGAGAACUGAGCGUCGGAGUUGCCCGAAUUGACAGUUUUG